UCUUAAAGAAGCCACAUAUAAUAUCUCCAUCCAACAAGAAAAGAAGAUACCAAUCAAGACUCUAUACCUUUUUCUCUCAUCCUUAAAUAAUCUGAAUAACUUCGGGAUUUUCAACAAUGUACACCUAUACUCGCACCUAUAAUGUUUCUCUAAUUAGUUUAUUGACACCUAAUAAUUAAGACGAUCAAAAAGACGACGACGGACGUAGAGCAAGAUCGAAUCUGUUGGAGCUCUAAUUGAGGUAGAUAUGGGAGCUGACUGGGGACCGGUGGCAGUUGCGGUGGUGUUGUUCGUAGUGUUAUCGCCGGGGCUUCUCUUUCAGUUGCCGGCGAGGAGGAGAGUGUUGGAGUGUGGCAACAUGACCACAAGCGGCAUCUCAAUAUUGGUUCAUGCCAUUCUCUUCUUUGCUGUUAUCACCAUUUUGGUCAUCGCCAUUCAAGUUCACAUUCACAUCUAAUUAUAAUUAAACACCUGCAUGCUUAUAGUAUAACCUUGUUAUAAUAUAUCCUCUCUUUUUUUUUUUUUU